AUGGAGCUCUACGUGGCUAGAUUGGAACUUGGAACUCAUGAAAACGUCCUUCACGUCUGCUUACAGUUGCCUGAUAAAACCCGUCCCUCGUGGUAUAGUCUCUGGUUAAAACCUAACCAAACCCUAACCAACAACAUCGAGUUAUACGCUAUCAGCAAAUACAAUAUUACUCCCUCCUCCGUCAUGUGGGUCCGUUGUACGAGUAAUUACUCGUGGCGUCAAGCCCCUAGCAUGACGGUAGCUAGAGCCAAUGCCGUUGCGUGCGUAUUUGAUGGUAAAAUUUAUGUGUUUGGAGGUUGUGUUGCUGAUGAAUCCACGUAUUGGGGUGAGGUUUUUGAUCCGAGGAAUCAAACUUGGGAACCAUUACCUGACCCUGGAGCUGAGCUACGUGGAUCUUUAGUUAAGAAAGUGGAGGUGAAACUAGGGAAGAUUUACGUUAAGAGCAUUGAUGAGAUGGAAUGUGUUUAUGAUCCGAAAGAAGGUAAAUGGGAUGUUCCAACAAAGGAAUUUGUGAUUGAAAGUGAGUGUGAGAUAGAUAAUGUACGUUAUAAUUGUAGUAGACAAAGUUGCAUGUGGUAUGACGCAAAGCAUAAUGAAUGGAAAACUGUUAAGGGUUUGGCAACAUUGAAUGCGAAUCGUCGUUGUUGUUUUGUUGAAAUAGCUAACUACGGUGGGAAACUAUUGAUCUUGUGGGGAAAGUUUGCGCCGCCUCGUCGGCAAAACAAGAACAUUUGGUGUGCGGUUGUUGCGCUUGAAAGGCGCAACAACGAUGAGGAAGUUUGGGGAAAGGUUGAGUGGGCUAGUGUUGUGCUUACCGUUCCUGAAUCGUAUGUUUUCUUGCGUUGUGCAGUGAAGCCUGUUUGA